GGGUAAUUUUUGAAAACUGAAAACAUUCGUUUUGGAUCAAUGCUGCAAUCUUGUACCUUGACUUCUAGCCCUGGAUACAUACAUUAAUCCCGAACGCCGAGCUGAGUCGAGCUCCAUUCGGUUGUGCCGGAUUAUCUGAGGAAUAGUUUUGUCCGGUUGUCCAGUCAGCAUAUUUUUGUAUAUGAAUCGUCAACGGUGAUGUAGAAUGGCACUCCACAGAUGCAUACCGCGGUUGUAUCAGUGGAUUGCGACUGCGGGAAUGGAUUCAGGAUUAUCUGUUUUUUGUCCUGCUGCAGUGCGAAGUACCCAGCCAUUUUCCACUGUGCCGCGUUCUCUAUCACUGACAUCGGCACGAAUGCUUCACUUCUCUGCACCAGUUGCUACAGAGGCGUCCCCGAAUGCGUCUGACUCGCUAUCGGGAUCUUCGGUUCCUGGCAUUCCGGUAACCGAAAGAAAUCUGGCCUACCCACCGCCAUAUGUAACACCACGCGAAAUUUGGCUGGAGAGUUUGGAUAGAAUCGAAAACCACAAAACGGGGCUGGUCCCGCUGCAUCCCGAAAUAUUUGCGCAAUUUCCUAGGAUUGAUAUUAUCCACCAAAACGUGAAAUGGCAGUCGCUGUACAACACAAUCGACUACACUUUCGCUCGUAAUCGAGCUGAAAUGCCCGGCGGAGGAAGGAAGCCAUGGCCGCAGAAGGGGACCGGUCGAGCACGUCAUGGAAGUAUUCGGUCUCCGCUUUGGCAUAAUGGUGGUAGAUCCAAAGGGCCUCGCGGUCCCAAAAGUUUUUUCUAUUUAUUGCCUCAGGACGCCAAGUUAAAAGGACUGAAGUGUACCCUCUCUGUAAAAUUAGCGCAGAAUGAUCUUCAUGUUGUCGAAUCUUUUGAUAUUCCUUCGGAGGAUCCGACGUACAUUCAAGCGUUGGCCACGAAACGGAAUUGGGGGCUGUCUAUUUUGUUUGUUGAUGACACCGACAUUAUGCCUACGAAUAUCGCCUUAGCUUGCGCUGAGAUUCCUAGCUUCACUUUGAUGCCCGUCUAUGGAUUGAAUGUGUACAGCAUGCUGAAACAUGAGACCUUAGUGCUAACCAGGGCGGCAUUAGAGAGAAUUGAGGAACGAAUACUCCGGUUUCGUCAUCGCAUGGAGCGAACUGACAUUCGCAGACACGUCAUCGGAGAAGUUCGUUAGUGUUACAACUACAGAAGUUCGUGAAAUUACCCUGUUUUAUGACUGGUGUGCUUUGCGGUUUUUGCAUGGAUGGCAAACAUUUUCGUAAAUCAUAUUUAGCAUAGGCAAGCUCGGAAAUUGUGUUGUCUUUUUGCGGACGGUUUUGUUAACGGACGAUGUGGUCUAAAAGUAUUCCUUUGCUCGUAACAACUGCGAACUAAACUACGCUGCAGUAGUUUUUGUAAUAAUUCAAUAGCAUUCUG